AUGGCAGAUCCUCAGAGCAAAGUAUCCUCUCAGAUGGUAGGGGACUGUGGCAUGUCCCUUGAUGGGUCUUAUGGCCUAGACUUGGCCUACAAUUUGUCGCAGCCGUGUGCUUCGCCCUCUGAGGCGAUCAGUCAGCAUCAAGCAUCAUACAGAGGGUAUCGCAAGCUCUUCUUCGGCUGCAAGCUGCACUUGGUGCUCCAGAAUCUGUUGAGUAGGAGUCGUUUGCCUCGAUCCAUGGGCGCUGUGCCCACACCACCUCCAAUUUCCGAACCACAACACAACGCGAAACAUGAAUUCACAGACGCAGAGGUGGCCCGUUUGAUGCGACAGCACUUCAACAUUCUGGUAUCCUCCCGAACAGCAUCUGAAGAAGAAGUGAUCUCUGCGGCGAAAUUACUCGAACAACAAUUCGGGCCGCCCGUGGUGGCUAGUAUUCAAGAUGAAACAGUAGCACAGAGGAACACGCAUACUAGACAGAUUGCCAAUCUGGAAGACGGCAGCCAAAACCUACUUCAUCAUAAAUACGAUUGCAUCGGCGUAACAGCUGGCCCUUUGGAAGAAGUGGAGAGCAGCUGCUCUGGCCGCUUGACUAUGGAUCCCUCACAGGCUACUGAUUGCGCUGGCCCACGUGCCACCGCGAAUGCCCAGUGUCACUCAUUGGUUUGCCAUCAAAAACGUGGCACAGAGCGUUUCGAGAGGGAAGGGACCAUUUCCCAGGGCGCAGAAGCUUAA